AUGGCGGGAGAGGAGCUUGAGAAGAAGCGGCAGAGGCUGGCGGAGCUAAGGAGAGCGAAGGAAGCUCGAGCCCUGCAGCAGGCAUCGUCUUCAGCUGCACAGACUGCUGCAUCAACGUCUCUCCAAGCACUUCUUGCUUCUGUUGGUGCCGUGGGAGAAAGUAGUAAGCCAGCUGAAGGGGAAAGGGGAAGCGACAAGGCAGAGCAGCAAGAAGAGAGCAGAACUGCAGAUCGGGUGGCGGCAGAGGAUGAAUCACGACCAAGGUCUCGGCGUGAGCAUAAUCUUGUAAUCUCAGAAGCGAUCAUUGUGGACAUUCCGGGGAAGAUUAGCGAAGCUUACGACAAAACUACUCAAACCGAGCAAGCAGCAGAGCCACAAGCACCUGAGGCGGAUGGAGAAAGGAGUAGCGAUGCUCAUAAAAUAGGGACUGGUACUGAGAGACAGCCGCAUAAGGCACAAGAAGACAUCAAACCUGCUCAGAACGAUGACUCGGUAGACGCUGGGAAUCCCGAAGAGUCUCUUCCCGAACCCUUAGGAGAGGAAGAGUGGAGGAGGCUUGCAAUUCAGGACGACUUCCAAAGUUUCUUCUUCAACACCUCCAAGAUCCUUGAGCGUGCUCUUGGACAGCAAGAUUAUGACAUUUUCAAGGACUACACAGCGGACGACAUGAGUAUUGACUCCAAAGAUACUAGAAAGUCGCUCCUAAAGCUGCAAACUACAUGUUACGAUCAGCAAAGGUGUCAGGAUCGUCCACUAGCAGCUCUAGAGUGGAGUGUUCACCACCCUGAGCUACUGUUAGCGGCGUAUCAUGAUCCCGUCGCAUCUCACCCAUCCGGUGGGACGAUCGGGGGCGGCCAGAGUACGCAGAAGGGUCUGGUUUGCAUAUGGAACAUGCGAGCAGGACAGUUCUCACGUCCAGAGUAUGUUCUGCAGUGUGAAAGUACCAUCACUGCAGCAGCUGUCCAUGCGUUCAGUCCUCACUGCUACAUCGGCGGCACUCAGGUCGGGCAGAUCGUCAUUUGGGACGUCCGGGCACAGCUCACACCAGUUUCACGUUCUCUCCUCUCAGUUCAGGGCCAUUCGCAUCCGAUAGUCGGGGUGCGUGCGGUGGGCACGCAGCAUGCGCACAGCUUGCUGUCCUUGAGCAGGGACGGCAAGCUGUGCACUUGGAACCCUUCGAAACUCUCGGAGCCGAUGGACCAGAUGCCCCUCUCCAUCGGGAGAACUUCAAGUGCCGCCCCUGAGGGAGCAGCAGGCGCAUGGAAACUCGACGACCACACGGUCUCCGCCAUCUCUUUCUGGGUCUCGAACUCCGACGUGGAGAGCUUCAUGGUCGGGAGCGAAGAUGGGUGUGUAUACUUCGGCAGCAGGAAAAGCAUCACCGACCGGGGCACCAGCCAUGCGAGCACGGAGAGGAGGAGAGAGUGGAUCUCCGGCUCGCUAGCAGGGCAUUCUGCUCCGGUGACGGCUGUGGAUUUCCAUCCGACUGCUGACGAUGCCAAGAUCUGGGACCGCAAGUCCGGCAAGGCACUCCUUGUACUGGACGCGGAGAGCUCGGAGUACAUCUACGACGUCAAGUGGUCACCAACUCAAGCUGGAGUCUUCGCGUCUGUGGAUGGGUCCGGCCUGCUCCAGGUGUGGGAUCUCUGCUCGAACCUGGAGGAGCCGCUAGGAGACUUCAACGUCUCGGCCCGCCACUCUGCUUCCGUGGAUGCUUCAGUGGGAUCGCAAGAUCCUGUUAGAGGCCUGGGGUGUGUAAGUUGGUCAGGAGACGGAAAGUCGUUAGCAUGCGGAGACUCCGUGGGAAGGGUGCAUAUCGUCGGCCUCGGAUCUGACAUCAGCGAGUUUAGAACAGAUUCGAGUAGUGCUGCUGCAGUGGCCAAGUUCAUGUCUGUUAGCCAGGGAAAGUGGAAGAGGAAAGGAAGAGAAGACAGAGAAGAGGACGAGGACGAGGAGAGGAGGACGGGAAGAGGAGAGGAAAGAGACCGUGAGAACGAAGAGAUAGGGGAAGAGGCUGUGGCGAAGGCAAGCAUGUCCAUGAACAUACCUGAACAGAGAGAGUUCUGGACCAAGUUGGUAGUGGCGGAGCUGCCAAACUUCACUCCCCCCCUGGCUUUACCGCAUCUCCACCGCUUCUCCUCGGGUGAUCGAGUUGCUGUCUUGAGCUCAGAGGACAAAAUCCAGCUAGGUGAGAUAACUCAGGUCCACGAAGAGGCGACGUGCGAUGUGGAGCUGGACGAUGGCGAUGUGCUGGCGCGCGUCUCCAUGGCGAACAUCCGACUCCCCAUGCUCGACGACCUUCCUCGCGUCCUCGUCGUCACUGUUAGGGGAGGAGAGCGAGUCCCGGGGAGGAGCGUGAGGGUUCGCUUCAAGGGGAGCGAGAUGUCAGGAGUAAUCUUGCAGGAAGAGGAGAAGGGAACGAGUGUACAGUUGGGGAUGGAUCAUGCUUGGCGAUGCUGCAGAGAGAAGAGAGAUCUGUCGCUGCAUGCGGAGAUCGUGACGAGAGGGGAGAGCGACUGGCUGGUCACGUCGCAGGCAGAGUUUACACAUGAGGAGAUGAGGAGCGUGCUGGGAGCAGCCGGUGGUUGCCAGAUUGAUCGAGAGAUGGCAAGAACGGGAGGCAACGAGACAGCGAAGUGCGUCCACUUUGUCUCCAUCGUUGUUCGUCCGAACCCGACGUUCAGCAUGUCAUAA